AUGGUUCUCCUGUCACUAAGAUUACUUUUAGUAGGAGUUGUUGCAAGUUUGACUUCAGCCGAUUUGACUGGUGAAGUAGAUAAAGAAGACUUCCUGAAGAGUAGACUGAAGGAGUAUGGACUGGUCACGCCCAUCAGCACUGAUUCGGAGGGGCACUUCCUGUCACACCUCCUCUCAGCCAGUCACAAGCAGCGUGUCAGGCGGGAUGUCCCGGAAGGGUCGGAGCAGGGUGGAGAGAGGAUGUUUUUUAACAUCACCGCCUUUGGGAAGGAGUUCCACCUCCGACUACACCCAAACAAGCGGCUGGUGGCUCCCGGAGCUAUGGUGGAGUGGCACGAUGAGGUGGAGGCAUCGGACAGCAGCGGAGAGGUGGAGAACGGGACGAGUGUACUUAUAGAACGGAUCGUGAGGAGGGAGCCACUGAAGACUGACUGUACUUUUAUUGGAGAUGUCACAGACAUGCCAGGAGCAUCAGUUGCCAUUAACAACUGUGAUGGUCUGGCUGGAAUGAUCCGCACCGACUCUGACGAAUAUUUCAUCGAGCCUCUGGAACGAGGAAGACAAGAACAUGAGGAAGGAGGAAGAGUACACGUUGUCUACAGGAGAUCAGCGGUCGUUCAGACACCCUCAGACAUCUUUAUGGAUUACCAGCCCAAAGACUCGGAGCUGGAUGUCCUAACGACUCUGGACACCAUGGCUGAACAGGUCAACCAGACGGUGCGGAGACGCAGGCACGCUGGAGAUGAUGACUACAACAUUGAAGUGCUCUUGGGAGUUGACGAUUCCGUUGUGCGUUUCCAUGGAAAAGAGCACGUGCAAAACUAUCUCCUUACUCUCAUGAACAUUGUGAAUGAGAUCUAUCAUGACGAAUCACUAGGCGUUCAUAUAAACGUGGUGUUAGUGAGAAUGAUCAUGUUGGGCUAUGCAAAGUCCAUUAGCCUGAUUGAACGUGGAAACCCAUCACGGAGCCUGGAGAACGUGUGCCGCUGGGCCUUCGUCCAGCAGAAAGAGGACCCAGAACAUUCUGAACAUCAUGACCAUGCCAUCUUCCUCACCCGCCAGGGCUUCGGUCCCACCGGCAUGCAGGGGUAUGCCCCUGUCACUGGGAUGUGCCACCCUGUCCGCAGCUGCACUCUGAAUCAUGAAGAUGGAUUCUCCUCCGCCUUUGUGGUGGCCCAUGAAACGGGACAUGUGCUGGGGAUGGAGCACGAUGGCCAAGGAAAUCGGUGCGGCGAUGAGACGGCCAUGGGUAGUGUCAUGGCUCCACUGGUGCAGGCUGCCUUCCAUCGCUACCACUGGUCAAUGUGCAGUGGACAGGAGCUGAAGAGAUACCUCCACUCUUAUGACUGUCUGCUGGAUGAUCCCUUUAAACAUGACUGGCCACACAUCCCAGAGCUGCCUGGAAUCAACUACUCCAUGGACCAACAGUGUCGCUUUGACUUUGGCGUCGGUUACAAAAUUUGCACAUCAUUCCGCACAUUUGACCCCUGUAAGCAGCUGUGGUGUAAUCACCCAGAUAACCCCUACUUCUGCAAGACCAAGAAAGGGCCGCCACUGGACGGCACAGAGUGCGCGCCUGGGAAGUGGUGUUACAAAGGUCACUGCAUGUGGAAGAAUGCCAACCAGGUGAAGCAGGACGGGGCCUGGAGUGCCUGGAGCAAAUUUGGCUCCUGCUCUCGCUCCUGUGGGACCGGCGUUCGCUUCAGGACAAGACAGUGCAACAGCCCUGUGCCAUCUAACGGCGGGCAGGACUGUCCUGGUGUAAACUAUGAAUAUCAGCUGUGUAACACUGACGACUGCCCCAAACACUUUGAGGACUUCAGAGCCCAGCAAUGCCAACUCAGGAACUCCCACUUUGAGUAUCAGAAUGCCAAACACCACUGGCUACCCUAUGAACACCCCGAUGCAAACAAAAGAUGCCAUCUGUACUGUCAGUCAAAGGAGACUAGCGAAGUGGCGUACAUGAAGCAGCUGGUGCAUGAUGGGACGCGAUGCUCGUACAAGGACCCGUAUAGUAUCUGUGUACGGGGGGAGUGCGUGAAAGUGGGCUGUGAUAGAGAGAUUGGCUCUAAUAAAGUCGAGGAUAAGUGUGGAGUGUGUGGAGGAGACAACUCUCACUGUCGGACAGUGAAAGGGACUUUUACACGUACGCCCAAGAAAGCCGGGAAAACCAGAGGAGCUUUCUCACUGCCACGGGGAGCACGACAUGUGUUCCUGAAUGAAACAGAGGACUCUAAGAAUGUUCUUGGUUACCUAAAGAUGUUUCUCAUUCCCCCUGGGGCCAGGCAUGUGAUGAUUCAGGAACACGAGGCAUCACCUCAGACUCUCGCUAUCAAGAACCAGGCAACGGGUCACUACAUCCUGAAUGGAAAAGGGGAGGAGGUGAGGUCACGCACUUUUAUUGACAUGGGAGUGGAAUGGGAUUACAUCAUCGAGGGAGACGUGGAGACCCUGCACACGGAUGGACCACUCCACGAUGCUGUCAUUGUUCUGAUUAUACCUCAGGACAAUGAGACAAGGUCCUCACUGAUGUAUAAAUACGUAAUACAUGAAGACUCAGUCCCUAUAAACAACAAUAACGUCAUUCAGGAAGACACAUACGAGUGGGCACUGAAGAGCUGGUCGCAGUGCUCACGGCCAUGUGCCGGAGGGUUUCAGUAUACCAAAUAUGGCUGCCGAAAGAAAGGGGACAGCAAGAUGGUUCACAAAAGCUACUGCGACGUCAGCAAGAAACCCAAACCAAUCCGCAGAAUGUGUAACCUGCAGGACUGCACACAGCCACAGUGGAUUGCUGAGGAAUGGGAGCAUUGCACCAAGACGUGUGGGAGUCUGGGCUAUCAGAUCCGCACCGUGCGCUGCAUGCAGUUUCUCCACGAGGGCACCAAUCGCUCCAUCCACAGCAAAUACUGCAGUGGAGAGAAGCCAGAGAGCCGCAGGCCCUGCAACCGAGUCCCUUGCCAGGCCCAGUGGAGAACCGGAACAUGGUCUGAGUGCUCAGUGACCUGCGGAGAGGGUGUGGCCCGACGCCUGGUCACAUGUCGCAUUGGAGAUCAGUGCACCGGAGAGAAACCUGAAACAGUGCGAACAUGCAGGCCUGGCCCAUGCCACGACGAGCCAUGUGGAGGAGAUAAAUCUAUAUUCUGUCAGAUGGAGGUACUGGCCCGAUACUGUUCCAUCCCAGGCUACAACAAGCUUUGCUGUGAGUCCUGCAGCAAGCGAGGAGGAGGCACUCUGGCCCCUUUCCUGGCUGAGGCAGCUGGGAAGGAGGAGGACAUACGUUUUGGUUCAGCCUCACAGCUCUUGGAGACCUUGACAGCAUCUGCCAACUACACCGGAGGCUUUCCUAUGCUCCACCCACAGCAGAGAGGGUCCACACCACAGGCCCGUACUCCGAAACAGCACUCCAACACCACGCCACACAAACCCAGUGGCAGCGAGAACAGUAAGCCUCCCAGGCGCGCAGUUACACUGAGCCAGCCCAGGGCAAGGAACCUGCCAACUGCGGGCACCCACGACACACCAGCUCCCAAGGUCAGGAAAACUAGGAAUGCCAGGAACGGAACUUCACAGCAGGGGGACGGUUCCAGAGAGAGCAGGCAACCAUCGGUGUCUUCAGAGGUGGAGAGAUGA